UGUCUCUCAGCUCCCGCUUAAUCAUGGCUCUCAUUUGUUGUCAUCUCGACGCGUAAAAAUAAUUCGAAUAAUUGUUGUGUCAGUAAAUAAUAAAUGUUUCAUUACUUUGAAUUUAUUUUCUGUUAAACAAAGAACAGUAUGAAAUAUUAAAACAUGUGUGUCAGUGAGUGUAAGUUUUUAAAUGAAUUAAAUUCAGUGCGAGCUCAGCUCUCGUGUUACUGUGCGCCAUGUUUGUUGUCGGUUUUAGUACACCAAUAAAUGAAAGUUUAAAUGUUUUUGUUUUUAUAAAAAAUAAUAUGAACGAGUGAUUUUUUACGUUUGAUAAUUAAUUACUUGAAUUAAUUUAAAGUUUUUAGUGAGUUUUUACAUUUUUAAUUUAUUAAUUUUUGUGCUGGUGAUGAAUAAACACUUGGAGCUGAGAAUGAAAAUGGCGGCAAGAAGAUGUGAGGAAUGAUCACGUGGGUGAUGGUCGGACUGCUUCUGGCUGCAGAAACAACUCAUGGCAGAAAUUUUUUGUCCGACAAUGACGACACUAAUGAUAAAAUUGAAUUAAAACUUAAUGGAAUCAAAAGAACUGCGGGUACUAAUGAAGAAGAUACUUACCGUCUGACAUGCUAUACCUGUGUCAACGUCAGCGAUAAUCAGAUGUGUAAUACGUGGGCUAUUGACACUCCAUGCCCACCAAAUGGAAAAGAUUUUUGUAGAUCGCUACAUAUACUCGAUAGUCGGGGUAAUAGUGUCUUGGUAAGCAAAAGCUGCGCGAGUAGUGCAGAAUGUGGUCCAGCAUCAGUCGGUUGUGUACCAAUCGAUACUCAGAAGAUAUGCAUAAGUUGUUGCGAUGUGAGUUAUUGCAACGUCGAAUCACCAACAAAUUCAACAAACGCAAUUUAUUCACGCAAACGACGUAAAUUAAAGAACAAACGUAAAAAAUUUGUUAAUAAUUGUUCAGCAAAAUUAAUAACAAGUCAAUUAAUCAAAUUAUUUGGCAUUACUCUCAUAGCCACGUUAUUCUAUGCAUAUCAUUGUUAACUUUAAAAAUAAAAAAUGUAUA